UCCAUGAGUUUCUACUAAAAAGCUUUCAAAUGAAUUUUUGAUGUUUUAAAAAUUAUCAAUUGAAUCAAGUAAAAAAUUGUUGUUUUUUAAUUAUGAAUAAAGACAUUGAUAUGUGAUGUUAGCUGUCAACAAUUCAAAAUAGAUUUUAUGUGACGUAAUAUUUUUGAUCUAAUAAAUUAGUGUAGGUAUUGAUAAGUAAAGUAUUUUUGAAGAAUCUAAAAUGUUAAAUCUACGUAUAUAAAGAAAUAAUAAACAAUUCAAUUUGAAUAUGAAUAUAGUGUGUUUAUGUAGAUAUUGUAUUGCGAUAGAAUAACUAUUAUGGUUUAUAUCAGCGUAUAAAUUAGUUAACAGAAUAAAAAUUAUUCUAAAAGAAAAAAUUAUGACAAAAAGAAAAAGACCUCAAGAAAAAUCUCGUGAAAUAACCAAAAAUAUUAAACUAAGUACAAGGAAUAGUUAUAAUGUGAUGCAUGAACACAAUUACUUUUAUGAUGUUGAUAAAAAAAAAUGCCGAUGGCCUGAUGAAAAUGAAUAUUCAAAUCAUACUGAAAUAAUAACAGAUAAUCAUGAUGAAUGUGAUUCUAUACCAKAUUGGUGUAUAGGUGAAAGUUCAAGUGAUGAAGAGGAUGAUACUAAAGAUAUGCUUCUUUCUCAUAUAUUAAAAAAAGAAUUUGAAAAAUACUUAUUAAAUGAGUACAAAAAUAAGAAUUGCACAAAUGGUUUGUUUCCGUUUAAUGAAGAAAAAAUGUGUAACGAAUCAAAUAAUAUAAAUAAUCAUGAUUUGUCAAAUGUCUCAAAUGAUUCAAGCACAGAAUUUCAAGUUAAUUUAAGUGAUCAAUCAUGUAUGACGCAUAUUGUUGAGAACAAUUGUACACAUGAAGAAUUAUUACCAAAUGCUUCAAUGAAUAUAAAAGCAAGAAAAGAUUUAUGUGAUAAUAAUUUGCAAAAUUAUUUAUUGAGCUCAUCAUUACAUUUAAGCAAUUCACUGUUAGUGAUAAAAGCAUGUCCUUCAUUUAAUAAUGCUGAUUUAACAAAAACAGAUACACCUACAAACAAUGUGUGUCCACCAUUACAUUGGAUUCAUUUAAUAUAUUUAACUAUAAAAAACUCUCCUACAGAGAAUGUAACUUGUUAUGAUAUACAACGUUCAGUCAGACGUUGGUUCCCCUAUUAUUGUUUAAGAUCAUAUGUCAAAUUUAUUGGUGUAAUAUUAAGUCAUAUAAAUCAUAACUGUCAAAAAUAUUUUCACUGUAAUUCAUUUACAACUAUUAUACACCAAGAUGAUACAUGGACAAUUAAUAGUAUCUAUAUAAAUACUUUGGAAGAAAGUUUAAUGAAAACUGUAGAAACUUAUGAAGAUGAAAUAAAAUCAGCAAUGAUCCAUCCUGAUCAAUUAUCAGCAAUACUUAAUGGAUAUGGUGUACUUUAUUUGGGGUGUGGCCAAAAUGCUAUUAAAAAAUAACAUUUUUUGAUAUAAAAAUUAUUUCAAUUAUAAUUUAAUACACAAAGAAUUAAUUUGAUUAUAAUCCUGAAGCUACUUCUAAAUGUUCCAUGAAACUGUAUUAAAUUUAAAAUUCUAAAUAUUUUUAAAAUAGAUUAUAUGUAUAGAUCUAUAGUAUGAAAUAUAUGGCUGCCUAGUUAUUAAUAAAAUACAUUCUAUAUUUUAUCUAAGACCUAAAUCAUGAUUUAUUAUUGAACACAAAUUUAAAACAACCAUAUUACAGUUACCUAUUCAGUAAACUGAAGAGGUACUCUCGAAACAGCUUCUUUGGGGAAAAUCAACUUUCUCUUUUUUUUCCUUUGUUUUACUCUUUGGUAUUCUAUUAUAAUAUUCUAUUAUCUGUAUUACUUUGAAUUAUAUAGAUCUAAAAAAAUCAUUUCAACUUAAAUGUUCAAAUUUAGAACAUUAUUUUUAUAUACUGUUCAAUUAAAAUAUCAAUACUUUAUUAUUUGUAUUAGCAGUAUACCAGUAACUAUGCAAUAUGUCACAUUUACAUAUAACUUGUGUUCAAUUUUAAAGGUAACAAGAAAUAUUUUGAACGCAUUACCUCUAGUUAUCUUUCUACUAAUUUUUACACGCUAGGUUAAAAGUUAUUAGCAAUUAGAGUAGCUCUUUAAAACCAACUGAAAUUAUUUGUAUUCAAUUAAUUUGAUAUUGUAGUAAAUACACUAAUAUAAUUAAUAUAAGAAUAGGUAUAACACAGUAUGUUUUAUUCUUCUUGUGUUCAUACUUAUCAUAAAUUACGUCUAUCUAGUCAAUACAUAAAACUCUUAUUAUAAUCAAAGAUAUUGUUUGAUAUAAGAAUUUAAUUAGAUAUUUAUUUUA